UACCCACUGCGUCGCUGCUAGCUGGUCUGCAACUCUUGCCUACCCGUUCCCGCUUCCGUUCCCGUCCUCUCCAUUCCGCCACCUCCUCACCCUCGCUCGUGUCAGAGCCACUGCAUGCGCGGUAGUCUCUAAAGUAAGGGUCGGGAUAUGGAGGCCGAGGCAGCGACUGUCGGUGGACCACAAGAAGGAGAAGCAAUACAAAGUCCUGAGCUUCCUGGGGCAACGACGGAAAAAGAAAAACCUCAACCGCCUCAAGACCUAUUUCUGCCAGACGCCCCCGCUGCCACGCCUGACGACAUGCUGGCACAACUGAAGGCAGAGCCUGACCUGUUCGAGGCUUCUCGGUCGAUACAUGGCGUCGAAGAGGCGUCGUCUCAAACUGCCGUGGAAACGCUUUCAGUAACUGUAGAGGACGUCAAGUUUGCCGUGCCGCCAGAACCGGAACGGACGCUGUCUCUGGUGUCUCUAGAGAGCCUUGACGUUUCGCCUAGCAAGCUCCUUUCCCCUUCGAAGCACUCUGCCGAUGCGGAACCUUCUGCAAGACCGCAUAAACGCUCAAAGUCAGAGCGGUCUCGGCAUGGUCAUCAACCACCAAGAACCGCUGAACAAAUGGCUGAAGACGAUGAACACGAGGCCGCACGGAAGGAAGCAUUGAAGGCUUUAACGGAAAUCGAGAAUGCGUUUGCGAAAUUCCGAGAAGCAAUGUACCAAGAAAAGCUUGCGGAGAUCGAAGCGGAGGAGAGCGCUAUUGAGCUUGGUUAGCUGUUUGCCACUUAUAAGACUGCGCCAUACAGUGACAGUUAUUGA